AUGGCCCUGCGGCGGCUCCUGCAGCCCAGCUCCAGCUGCAGCUCCUGCGAGGAGCCGGCACCGCCCGCGGACGGCAGGAGGAUGCAGCACCUGGCCAGCACGGUGGGCACGCUGCCCCGCGGCCGCAGGCAGCUUGCCCUGUCCAGAUCCAUCUCCUUGGGCGACCCCACCAAGCCACAGAGGAACCUCGUUUCUAUAUUGAAAGAAGACAAAGAGACGUUUGGGUUUGAAAUCCAGACCAUCAGGUUCCCACAGCAGAAUGAUUUCUCCCUGGAGGUGUGCACGUGUGUCUGCAGGGUCCAGGAGGAGAGCCCUGCCCACCUCUCCGGCCUCCAGACCGGUGACAUCCUCGCCUGCAUCAACGGCGUCAGCGUCGAGGGCUUUGGGCACAAGCAAAUAGUGGACUUGAUAAAGUCUUCAGGGAACUACUUGAGGUUAGAGACUGUCAACGGGGCCUUUUUCCUGAGGAAAAUGGAGCUGGAGACCAAACUGCGGGCUCUCAAGCAGGCGCUGCACCAGCGCUGGGGAGAGCUGCGGGCGCUGCUGGCCCGGGAGCGGCUCCUGCUGCACGGGGAGGUGAACGACAACGCCCUUCUGGGCUCGCUGGAGCCGGUAGAGCCCGGCUCGGCUGGCGGCUGCAGCUCGCCGGGCCCCUUCCUGCCGGGCAAUCCGCGCCUGUCCAGCGAGAGCAGCUCCCGCAGCCGGCUGAGCUCCAUGACGGUGGGCAGCGAGGACAGCUUCUACCAGGGCAGCGCCGCCGAGGACUGGGCUGCGGAGAGCCUGAGCCGGCAGUCCAGCCUGGACGAUGACUGCGUGUUCCGCAGGGACGGCCCCGGGGCCGCGGGCAGGGCCUCGGUGCGGCGGCACCGCAGCAUCAGCCUGGCCGGCAGCAGCGCCAGCCUGGCCAGCAGCGGCUCCGCGUCCCCGCUCUGGGACAGUGGCGGGGGCUCCAGCAGCUUCGGCACCCUCCCGCGCAAGAGCCGCAGGGCCAGCGUGCGGAAACACCUCCUGAAAUUCAUCCCCGGCUUCCAGCGCGCCGUGGAGGAGGAGGAAAGCCGGGUCUGA